AUGAGACGAUUGGUGAAGGAGCUGAACACUCGUCUUCUGAGCAGCAUAACGGUGAUGACCAUGCCGUUACCAAGAACAGCCAGGCAGGUGAUUGUUGUGCCGAUUGCAUUCAUUAGAAGAUUCACUAGUGGUAAUGAGAGGUGUGUGGCCUCCAUUAGAGGGGCGUGUCCUCCUGCUUGGAUCCAGUGGGGGGACAAAUGCUAUAAAGCCAUCAUUAAGCCCCUGACGUGGGAUGAGGCAAAACAUGAAUGCAUCGAGAUGGGAAGUGUCUUGGUCAUGCCACAGUCUCAGGCGGAAACUGCGUUCCUUCUGGAAAACCUGCUCAGCUUCUACUGGAUCGACUGCAAUGAUCAGCAAGUUGAAGGUGAAUGGGUGUGUCAAGAUGGCACUACUGAUGUGGAGUACCGAGAGUGGCGGGUGGAGACUGGUGAACCUAAUAAUAGCAAGGGAAGAGAAGAUUGUGCAGCAGCUGACAAAUCUGGUUGGAUUGACAUAUCAUCAAUAUUGGUGACCAUUUGA